CGCGUUAUCUUGUCUGAAAUCGUCGGGCUGCCGCCGGGGACGUUGUUCACCUGGUGUGUAACGUAGAGUAAUCCACAGAGGUGCCUUUUGAGCAGACUUUGUGAGCUACAAGGGUCCCGGAACUCGCAGCACGCAAUGCACGUGACUCGCCUGCGGCUCCCCUUCUUCCCACAGGCCUUGCAGCUACAUAGGCGUAUCGUCAAAGCAGCCAUCUCUUGUCGCAGAAUGUCAGUCUUCAACGCAACUCGCUUGGUCGGCAAGACCGUGCUCAUCACGGGCGCUAGCGCGGGUAUCGGAGCGGCGACUGCGAUCUUGUUUGCAAAGGCUGGAUCUAACGUGAUCCUAUGUGCUCGUCGCACGGACGCCCUGCAGAAGGUAGCGGAAGCGUGCACGACGGCAUACAAGGAGUCCGGCCUGCGGCAAGGAGGAAAGGUGGCCACCGUCAAGCUUGAUGUCUCGGACAAGAAGCAGGUCGCGUCACUCUUCGACCAGGUACCGGCCGAGUUGCACAAUGUCGACGUCCUCGUCAACAAUGCUGGCUAUGUUCUCGGAACGGAGCGUGUUGGCGACAUUGCAGAUGCUGACAUCGAGGGCAUGUUCGCGACCAACGUCCUGGGUCUCAUCUCCGUGACUCAGCUGCUCAUCAAGGGCUUCAAGGCACGAAAGUCCGGUCAUGUCAUCAACCUCGGCUCGGUAGCAGGCAGGGAACCCUACGCUGGAGGCAGCAUCUACUGCGCUACUAAGCACGCCGUCCGAGCGUUCACCAACGCCCUGAUGAAAGAGGUUGUGGACACUGCGAUCAGGGUGACUGAAAUUCAACCCGGUAUGGUUGAGACUGAAUUCUCUGUCGUGCGCUUCCGUGGAGACAAAGCUGCUGCAGACAAAGUCUACGAAGGUCUUCAGCCAUUGACUGCCGAGGACAUCGCGGAGGAGAUCGUGUGGGCUGCAUCGCGGCCACCACAUGUCAACAUAGCUGAAGUAUUCGUGCUCCCUGUGAACCAGGCCUCCCCGACCAUUAACUACAGGGGCGGAAAGUAAGUAGCUGAACUCUGCAUAAUGCAUACUGAUUCCAUGAUGCUCGAAGACUGUGAAGUGGUCAUGAGGUGUUUCUGUAGCGAAAACCAUGAUAUCAUUGUAAAUGGUAUAUUACGACGCGUUCCAACAAUGACAGCCGAGUCUGCGACAGAUUGGUGAG